CUCCUCCUCGUAUUCUACGCCCUCUCCUACUUCCUCCCUUUCUACCUCUCCCCGCUCACCCGCCCUUCGCCGACUCUCUCUCGAGACAACCCCUCCGUGAUCCGGGCCCGUAUCCGCUCCGUCUGCAUCUCUUGCUUCUGCUGCUGCCUGUCCACCUUCCUCAUUCUGCUAUACGUAGCCGAUCUCUCCGUGCCGGAUGCCCUUCACUAUUUGGGAUUGUGGCCUUUAGGCCUCACCGAGUCUGCUAGGGCCCUGGGCCUGACGGCCUUGUUGUUCGCUGGCCCACUGUUCUUGUAUCUGGUCGUUGAUGAUGGCUGGAAGGACUGGGUUAAGGGAUAUCCGGUGGAGGAGCUAUGGGGGGACAUGCUGACUUGGAGGAACAUUGUUGCUGGCCCCCUAACAGAAGAACUCCUCUUUCGCACCUCCUCCGUCCCCCUCUUCUUGUUAUCUCCCCUCCCCGUCUCCCGCAUCAUUUUCUACUCGCCCAUCAUCUUCGGUCUGGCGCACGUGCACCACUUCUACGAGUUCCGGCUUCAAAACCCGCGCGUUCCCGUGUUCGCCGCGCUGUUAAGGUCCGUGUUCCAAUUCAGCUUCACCACCUUGUUCGGGGCGUACGCGACCUUUGUCUUCAUCCGCACCGGUAGUCUGUUGGCCGCGUUCGCGGUGCAUGCGUUCUGCAACGGCAUGGGAUUGCCCAAGGUUUGGGGGCGGGUGGAAAGGUUGGAUGGAAGGGGCAGUGGGCUGGUGUGGACGGUGGGGUAUUAUACGCUGUUGGUGGGAGGGGCAGUUGGGUUUUGGAAGGAGUUGUGGGCGUUGACGGAGGGGGGGAGUGGGUUAGUGCCUAGGAGCGCAUUUAGAAGGUGA